AUGGUCUCCGACGACUUCGCUCUUGCGCAACAGCGCCUCAUCGCGCGACGAGAAGCCCGAGAACGCGAUGCCCAAGCGCGCAUGACCGCUCAACAAGAUGCUUCACGAGCAGCUCAACAACUCCGCCAACUUCCUUUUCCACUCGGACGACUAGGUCAAGCGGGACUAACAACCUGGGAUAGUAUAAAAGGUAGAGAGGGGACGCGACCGGCGUUCAGAGUCGGCCAGGUUGAUGCAGAGCUGCUGGACGAGGAGUUACUAGAUCUGCUAAAAGGGCAGGUCGGGGGCGCUUUGAAAUAUUACGGUUCGCAUCUACAGGAUGACUGGUCUGCUGAGAUGUUACUGGCGUUGAGGGCGGUGCUAUUCAAACUCACGAUUUGGGAUCAUGAUGCGACGUACGGUGCAGCUUUACAGAAUCUAAAGUUUACGGAUGCGAGGAAUGAAGGGCCAGUAUUGGUCUCACCGUCACGAUGGCAGAAGUCCUUAUAUGGAUUAUUUACAGUGGGAGGGAGGUAUGCUUGGACUAAGUGGGAGAACUGGCUGGUGGAUAACGACAACGGAUACGAUGAUCCCAGUCCUUUGAUGCGGAAGCUGUCGCGGUUAUCAGACAGCAUAUCGACCAUCCACUCAACGGCCGCUUUUGUUUCUUUUCUGGUCUUUCUGGUGAACGGUAGAUAUCGCACGAUCUUGGACCGGAUUCUGAGGUUACGAUUAGCUCCUCCCACGAGUCAGGUCAGCCGGGAAGUCUCUUUUGAGUACCUAAAUCGACAACUAGUUUGGCAUGCCUUUACAGAAUUCUUGCUGUUUGUUUUACCGCUAGUCGGUAUUAGCAGGUGGCGAAAAUGGCUUGCAAGGAUUUGGCGGAAAACCAAAUCAGUCAUGAACAGCGGUGGGGAGGAUGAGGAUACUGUCAAAACCGGAGAAUUCUCAUUCCUGCCUGAAAGAACUUGCGCGAUAUGCUAUCAAGAUCAGAAUGCACCGACGUCUACCGAAGCAGAAGCUCUAGCUGCAUCUUCUGGGGUCGUUGGAUCCGCGCAGACAGAUAUCACGAAUCCGUAUGAGACUAUCCCAUGUGGUUGUAUAUACUGCUUUGUAUGUCUUGCGAGCAGACUUGAGGCUGAAGAGGGAGAGGGAUGGACAUGUUUGAGAUGUGGUGAAGAAGUCAAAGAAUGCAAACCUUGGAACGGAGAUGUUAUUGAAGAGAACAGCAAACCAUCAACAUCCACCAAGACCGUGGGCUUCAAAGAAGAGCCCAAGGAAAUGUCUGAAAUAGAGCCACGAGCCGAGGAAGAGUCCUCAGAUGUGCCCAACUCCCCAAGAGUUGAUGUCUCUUCUCCAAGCAAUGCCUCGGAGCUGGGAGAUGAGGAGGCAUUUGAUCAAGAAGCUGAAGGAGAGAUUGAAUAUGAUGAUUGA